CUUUUUUCUUUUUUUUUUUUUCUCCUAGGGAAGUUCUAUUAUUUAUGCCUUGUUUUUAUAUAAUUUGGAAACAUGGAGAAUGUGCAUGGGCAGUAGCUGUUUAUAGAAGUUAACUGGCCUGCCUCUAUUAAUUUUGCAUGUUGUAAAUAGCAGAAGCAGUUCAUUUACUUUACCGGCUGUCCAGAGAACUCAGUUUUUCAAGAUAAAUCAGCAGCACUGUGCAGAAGGCAUCUCAACACUUCCUUCCUUCCUUCCUUCCUUCCUGUGUGUUUCUGCUUAAGCACAGAAAGACCUACUUGUGAUGAAAUAUGGUAAGAAAAAAAAAUGCAGUCAAAAUCUCCAACUCUCUUAAAAAAAUUCCACAAAGAGAUUCUGAAUUCAUUACGAGUAAAGAAAUCUGGACUUUUCCAAAGCAGCAGUGAAUUUCUUCCAACGCUUAUUCUCCGAGGACAAACACUGAGUGUUGACAUCAUGCCAACGUGAGAAGAUUGAUGUCUCCCUGUGAGUGAUUCCUUCGAGCAGAUUAAUGAGAACAGUCCAUGGGUGCUUUCUAAUGACAGCCUAAUCUUUUCAGCCACAAAAUAUAUGACUUUUUAGCUGGUUCUUGGGCCACUUUUUGGCCCUGCUCUUAGGUCAGCAGACUUGACCCACUUGUUGUUUUGACCAGUCUUUCCAUGUGUUGGUACUCAGCUGGUAACAAAAGUUGUGGUGAAUAAAUUAUAUAUAUUGUCUGUGUCAUGGAUAACUUCCAGUGGGAAUGUCUAGUGGCUUGUCAUUCCAUGUGUCAUUGUCUCCUUGCUCAGAAAAAGCAAGAUGGCAUUAAUGGGCUGCUGCAAGAAAAUGACUGUGGGCUAUAUGCAGUGCAUAAUCGGUAAAUUGACUCCGAGGAAGGGGUUUAGGCAUCUUUCAGCACGAUUGUAGUGAAGUCUGGUGGCUUUUACUCCGAAAAAUGGCUCGGGGAUUUCAGCUGACUUUCCCUUCACCUCCCAUUUUCUGCCCCGAUGAGGAGCAUGGGGCAGACCCAUGCAUCUAAGGAACACAGAGCACAUGCUGGAAGCCCAUUUCUUCAUCAAGUAGCAGCCUUGUGCAUUCUCCCAGGAUUUAAGAAAACAACUGGCAGAUGUGAAUGAUUUAUUUUUCCACCCUCUUCUGCUGCGGUUUAUUUUUUCCUCUUGUUAGCGAGCGCUCCGCUGCUAACACAAACAUUUGCUGAAAUUCCACCUGCCCACCUGCAGCCCCUCCUCUCGCUGCUUGCUCGGGCCCUCGUCUUCCUCCGGGAGGGCUGCACCGAGGGGAAACUACAUCCCGCUUUCUUAGAGAGGAGGAGGAAGGAGAGGGAGGGGCCAGGCCGCGUCUGGGCGCAUUGUUCCACGCUUCUCUGCCAAGAAGUGCCGGCGCCCGCGAUGACCCUGGUGCUGCCCAUGCAGCGGCUGGGCCGCCCCAUCGCCGCCGAGGGAGCCGCCGACCUCGCCGCCUACCGCGCCCUCUGGGAGCCGCCCUGCUGCGGCCGCCCCGGCCCCGCCGCCCCGCCGGCCCCGACCCCGCCGGCCCCCGGGCCCCCCGCCGCAGGAUCACAUUACAGGGGAAUUUCAAAUCCUGUAACAACAUCCAAGAUCACAUACUUUAAAAGGAAAUAUGUGGAAGAAGAGGAUUUUCAUCCGCCACUCAGCAGCUGUACACAUAAAACAAUCUCCGUGUUUGAGGAACGGGCCCAUAUUCUUUACAUGUCUUUGGAAAAGCUGAAAUUCAUUGAUGAUCCUGAAGUCUACCUGCGGAGAUCUGUCCUCAUCAACAAUCUAAUGAAGAGAAUCCACGGAGAAAUCAUCAUGCAGAACAACUGGUGCUUCUCCGCCUGCUCCUUCGGUGGCACCUCGCCACAAGAGUGGUUUGUGCCUCAGGACUGCCCAUACAGAAAACGCCUUCGGAUGGCGAAGGAGGAGUAUGAGAAGCUCCACACGUGCUGCUUCUAUCAAGAGUGUGGCAGUCACUAUUUAAAUCUACCCUACUCCGUUAACGCUAGCACAGAAAAUACUUCCUCCUCUUCCUCCUCCUCCUCCCCCAUUUCUUUGCCAAGCUGUUCCCAGCAGGUGGAUUAUGACAUUGGCAGUGCCCCUUCUUACAGGAGUGAUGACCAUAUCCCUGCUAAUGAAAUAUUCAUCGCUAAUGCCAGGUCUCACGGUAAUCAGGAAAAAGCAAAAUUUAAUGACGAGAAAGGAGGUAAUGAACCUGAGCAAGAGAGCGUCGCCCUAAACUGUGAACCUCUAAGAGGCAUCCAUGCUCUUGAAUGUAAAGGCAAAUGUUAUGACUAUUUUGAGACUGGAUGUAAUGACAAGAGCAACAUAAGUGAACCUUGGAAAAAAUCCUUAAGGAAAAAGGAGUCUUUACCAAGUAAUAAAAUAUGCUGCAGCAAAGGAAGUAAAAUAUGAGGCAUCUUUCUUGCUCUGUUGAAGCAUGCGCAGCACGUCCAUUUGUCUAUCAAGAUAAUUUUUAUUUUGAAUGGAUUUUUUAUAGUUUUCUACAAAUGAUACAAUCGUGCCACAAACACUACGUGUAGUUUAAAUGACUGGAGAGCAGAUUGUGUAAGCGUCUCUGUGAUCUGCAUCAGCGGGCUAUUUAUAAAUAUGGAGACUUCAUAAAGAAUGCAGUUGUGUUAAUGCUUAGCACUAUAGUCUGUACAGCUAUGGUGUAGCUUUCGCUAUUGAAAAUACCAAUCAGCCAGAUGGGGAAAACAUAUCGUUUUAUAUAUCCCCGCCCCCAAGAAGUCUGCCAUUAAUUAAGAAGAACCUCUAUUAUGUUUACCAAGGAAUUAGAAGUCUGGUAAACAAAUUGAUGCUACCAGCAAGGGUGAUGUGCUCCCUGUAACUCAGUAUUUGCUCUGACAAAGGACUGUCUUCAUGGACUGGGAAUAAACUAUCCUUACAUUUUGUACUGACACUUAUGAAUUCCUGGAUUCAGCGUCUUGCUCAACUGACAAAAUAGGACAUAGCAUAAAGAAAUAACCUGUUUCUGGGAUCUUAAUCAGAAACCCAACAUGCAGCUCGAGUACUUGCACGUUUUCACGUUGGCUGUAGUAACUGAUGAGGCUUGUUAUACAGGGCAGGUUUUUUUUUGGUGCCUUACAUUUUGUCUUAAUUUUUGCCAGUGUGAAAAUUAAGUAUAAAUCAGUGAUACAGCAGGGAUUUAACCUAAACAGAGAAAAAAAAAAAACCACAAACCACAGGGUGGAUCAAUAUUAUUAGGAACCUUUAACCUUUGAAGUACUGAGUUCAACUUCCUAUUCAAACAUCUCUGUUCUUCCUUUUUGAUGCUCAAUUGCUUUUUGAUUUGCCAUCCUUAGGAAGGGAUUUAAGAAACAAUAGAGAGCUGUCUCUUGUAAACAAGCAUUGGAUGCUUGAGUGUUUCUAUGGCAACUGUCUGUUGCUGGGGCUCUUUUUUUUCCUUCUUCGUAUAAUGAAGUUCAUGAACCAGUGGCAUGUUUUAUACUUUAUUCUGUUUCACAUAAGUUCUCUCUUUUAGAUUGCAAAAGCAUGCGGGAGUUUUCUAUGACUUUUGCUGUUGAUUUAAAAAAGACAAGAAAGCAAAAAGCACAAUGUUAAUUGAUAAUGUGGCGAUAAACAUGAUUUUAUCUGAAUGAAUGUAAGGGGUUUAAUUUUAAAACAGAACAUUUUGGAGAAAUGAGCUGAGAUUUCAGUGGCUAAGGACAACAUUUAGUCAUCCCUAGGUAGACCAUUUGCAAAAGCGUGCAGUUUAAGUGCCCAGAAGACAUUAGUCGGCUUGGACUGAGAGUAUUGAGUCUUAGAUCCACCAAAUUAAUUAGUUCCCACAGUCCCCAUAACAACUGGCAGGAUGUGCUUGGCAAAAUAGCCACAUCCAAGCCAUGGCUGACUCAUAAUAGCUGCCUGUUUCCCCAGCGGCCUGCAUCCAAGUGACAUCUUCUCCACUUGGUUCUUGUCCAAAGGCUGACAUUCACCUCUGUGCCGGGGGAGCGGCCAGCUCGGCGCAGGGCACAAGGGUCCCCAGGGGGGGACACCGCCCUGGGCUGUCCCCGGUUUGGUGCUCUGGGUCAGAGACCUCCUGCUCUGGGUCUCCCAGGCUCAGCCUGAGUCCUCCUGGGCCAUGGUUAUUUUGGGUAGCGUGCACACCCCAGAGUCACAUUUGCAACCUGGGUGGUUUUCGUGACUAAGGCCAGUAGUCACAGGGGAAAGCUUCCCGCACCACCCCCCCUUGCCAGCCAAAGUGACCAUAAAGAGAAUAUCUAGGAUGUAAAUGAAUGAUAACCUUUAUGUAGUCAGGCGAGUUGGAACUGACAAGUUGUUGUGAAGAAUGACAAAGAAAGUAUAAAUCCCACCUGAUUUCUCCAAGAAAGAAGCUUUUUUUAUUAAUAAAAAUAAUAUUAAAUAUAGAUCUCAUUCAUACAGUGUAUGAGUAGGAUCAUCAUUUAGACAUUUGUCCACAAGGACCAAUUUUUUAAAAAAUCUGAUUUUUCUUGUGUUACACCCAGAUAGUCUAGUAAUGUCUGCUCUUUUCCAAUAUUUGAUAAACACUUGAUGUUUUAAGCUUAAAUAUUAGAUGCUUGUAUACUAAUGUGUUGUUGUAGUAAAGUGAAAUUUCCUUGACAUAUAUUUAUUAAAAUGACCAAAAUUCAUUUUAAUUUUA